GCUGACGUCACUCAGUGGCUCAACCACCGCUCAUCCCAAGUAACGCAGCUGUGAGUAACAAGUCCUCUACUCUUGGCUCAUCAGCAGCAUUAAAGCUCAGAUGGAUGAUGCAUGUAUAGAUGGUGGCGUUACAGGUGGAGGAAGACUCUAUGGGGCAUUCCUGAAUGAAUUAGAACUGCGCAACACUUCAUCGGUCGCUCAUAUCGGGAAAGAUCGAUUUCCAUUCAUUCCGCAGGUGAACUUAAAAUUCAACUCUCUCAUCAUCAUCAUCAUCAUCAUCAUAUGCAGAGAUGUCAAUCAGCUGGGAUUUUUCCUUCAUCCCUGCAGUGGGAUGGAAAAUGGUGUCAGUUAUGCCGAUGCAUCUUCAGCCUGUAGAAAUGUGCCAUUGGUACCAGUUUGUAAGGAGCUUCUUCCUGAUUGAACUGAGAUGAUGAACAGCACAGAGAGCCAAUCAUUAUGGAGAAGAGAAAAGCUUGAAUUGAACACGAGGGAAGGUGUAGUGAUCUCUGUUGAGAUCUGCAGUGGAGGCUUUCUCAGACUCUUCAGUGUGGCUGAAUGUAUCACAUAGCAGACCAGUAUUCUGGACGUAACUCAUGGGACUCCUUCCCCUCUUCUGGGCCGAAUCGAGCACCAUGGGCCCCAGGCAGCAACCGGCACUGGGCUCCUCCAUCCAGGUGCAGCGGAGGGAUCUAUCAAUCCCCGUCCCAAAACUACACAGCAGGAAGAAACUACCCAAACAAACCUUAUAACAACAGACCUCCAGGUUUUAGCAGGGACAGACCCAGAGACAGAGGCAUCGGAAAGGAGCAGAGGGUUCCGAGGGGCUGUGGACCAACACAGAACCAGCACCACAACCCAGAACGUUCCACCCUAAAUUACAACUCAGGGUGUGGAGGACACUUCUCUAGCAGCAACAAUCACGGCAGCCAGCCACACAGGUAUGGAGGUCCGCACCAGCAGCAGCGUUCCACUGGGCGCCCCCCACAGACCCAGGGAGAGAAGUGGACUCAGUCUAGGACUUUCCAUGGGCCCUCUCUCAAACGUCAAGCACCUCCUCACAAUAUGUCACCAACUCUCCGUGACUCAUCCCCUUCACGAGAGGACGGUCCCAGCAAGAGGAGUAGAAGCAUCAGCUCGCACCAGAAUUUCCACCCGAGAGAUAAAUAUUUCAUCAACCGCCCUCCUCCAUCUCAUCCACCUCGGUCCUGGAGCCCAUCAUACAAAAGCUCAAUGUCCUGGAGCCUGUCUGAGAAGAGGUCUUCCCCCUCUCGUUCUCAGGAGUCCAGUCAUUCUGUCAUGAGAGAUCACAUCUACAGACCAUAUUCCUUUUCAUCACAACCCAACAUUGCCCUAAACCAGGGGCCCCACAACAAGAAACCCACCAAACAGGGGCCAUCCUAUCAUCUGGUCCAAGAUCAUCCAGGCCCUUAUCCCCGUGGGUCCAAAGGGGGCUGGGAUUGCCCAUCACCAGCAAACCUCACCAGUGUGCCUUACAAUCAGCAGCACCAGCUCCCUCCACCACAGAGGCACACUGGCCCCUCCAGCAGCCCAGUCACCUCAGUACCUCAGCCGAGAUUCAACACAGCACAGCCUGGCUGGAAAACACAGAGCCGCUCGGGAAAACACGGCAACAGUGAGAUGGGGCGUACCACCUCUAGCCUGGAAUCCCAAAAGUCUGAGGGUGUGGACAAAAAACGUCCAAGUGCAUCCAAGCACAUAAGCCGCCAACGGAGUCCCAUUCAGCCGCACUGCAGUGCUGAGGGUAGAGUCAGAGAUUGCACAGAAUGGAGGAACCCAGAGACUGGGUUAAGGAAACAUGAUCAGAGAGACUCAGAUUCUCCUUCUGAGGCCACCACUCAAACCUCAGACAGAGGUCUGAGGGCACAGAAGUCAGAUAUGAAGAAGAGCAGACACUCGAAACACCAGGCUGAAUUCAAAUCCACUCACAAGAGCUCCCUCAGCAAGCUGGACUCUGAACUAUUGAAACACAUUCAGGCCAAGAGGAGGCACAAAGAGCGUUUAAAGAGGAAGGAGAGAAAGGAAGAAGGAGAGCUGUUGGACACAAAGGAAAGGAUAGAGAAAAAACUGGAGGACAGGAAAAAGAAAAAGAUGAGGGAAGGAAGGAAAGGGCAUGAUAAGAAAAACAUACAUCAAAAUGGGAGGAAGUUGGGACAGAUGAAAAGAAGAGCAAAAGAGGAGAGAAAACAAGGAAUGCAUAAAGACAGGAAGAGUGAGAUGCCCACUUCGAAGUCAGCAUCUCCCAAUUUAGGAACAUUGUACCCCAUUGAUUCUGGACCUCUCCUGGAUGACCUACUGUCUGAGCCACUUCAUCUCAGUCACAGAGAGGAAGAGUUCUCUCAAAAUACCUCAGGGUUUAUCCCACCCUGUAAAUCUCAUGUCAAUAAUAACCAUUGUCCUCCAUGCCAGUCAACCAACAAAUCCAAUACUAAAGCCUUAGAGGUUGACAACCAAUCAGACUCUUCCGAGCCUGACCAUGUAGACACUAGCGAUGAUGAAAGUAUAGAGACCCAAGAUGCUGGUGGGUACAAACCUACUCAUCCUGAUAAGCAGGUUUGCAAAGAAGAACCCAUUGGAAACAAGGAGGGUGUCCCAGGGUUGCACAGUGCCCCAGACCUUCUCCCGGCUCACUGCACCUAUAGCGAGGAGCUCCUUAGGUUGGACCCACCAACAAGCCCACCUGUUCUGAGCUGGCAGGGCUCUCCAGUGUCGGACUUGAGUGAUGAUGAAGGAGGGAAAGAGGAAGAUAUGAUUGGAGUACUGAGGAGGCCAGUGCUACAACCUAGUCCAACACAUUCAUCUCCACUUAGAGACUCAGUGGAGAUCAGCACUGGAGUUGACUAUUGCCACAGGGAUUUGGCCAAAUUGUAUGGCAUUUCUGAAUCCUCUAAAUCCAUGGACACGGAGGAAGAGGAUGAAGAAAAGAGAGAAGGAGAGCAGAAAGAAAAUAGUCCUAAUGCAUUAAGCAGCCCUGAGCCCAACAAACCGCACUUGCACCAAAUGGACACGUUCAAGUCAACAACCUCAGCAAUGGGCAGCCAUAGAUACACUUACAGGGGUGGACCAUUUGGUCGGCCUCCCCCAGGUUCUUUAGUUGGGGUGAAAUACUCCUCAUCUCUGUCCUUGGGUCCCGAGAUCCACCCUCCAGACCAGCAUAGUGCACCUGCCACAUCUCCAACAACAGAUAUCCCAGAUCAGGUCAAACCACCACAGAUACAGCCCACAGAGAAGGAUAAAGAGAGUCAACCGGAGGAAGAAAGAGUGGAAAAUGAAGCUAAAGUGGAAGAAAUUGCUGGAGAAAAAGAGGAAACUAAGGUGCAGAAGAUGUAUGAACAAACAGAGACCAAAGUAGAUGAAUCAGACAAAGACCCAACCUGCACAUCCCUGGAGGAGAAGGAACCUCUGAUGUCUCAUGCCACCCUGCAGGCAAAACUAGUUCACAGCUGUGAGCUACUACUCACUCAGAACUCGAGGCCCGUGUCAAAGGCCAUGAAAGACAGCAGCCCCAUUUCUACCGAGAGAGAAAAUGAACGAGACAGGGUCAGACACAAAGAUCAAGUGAGGUCUCAAAGAAAAGUUAAGAGCAUGAAAGGAGAAAAUCGUGAAAAGAGUGAGGGAGGAGAGACUAAAAAGGAAACCGUGAAGAAAGGGAUAGCGAUAAAGGAUUCCUACUCUAAAGGUUCAUAUGAGCAACUAAUGGAAAUCAGGACCAAACAGGUUGUCCCAGAAAACCAACAAAUUGACAUGAAAGAUGGAGAAUCAGAACUCAAAGAAGUCAAGAGAGAAAAAGAGACAGAUGUUAAAAAAGGGACUGUGAAAAAAGACACAGUUAAGGUUGAUACAUCCUCCACAGCAUCUGCCAGAACCAGCACACAAACCUCUGUUACUGUGACUCUCUCCGACAGGCCUCCAAUUCUAAGCCGGGUCAAUCUCCUAAAUCUGCAAGAGUUGUCUAAAAUUCCCUUAAAAGAACUGACGAUCCGUUUGGUCAAGGUUGAGAGCGGAAGUCGGCAGACUUUUAUCGCCUCAGAGAUCGAGCAGAAGAGCAUGCCACUCAAUGACAUCAACAUCAAUAAUAACGCAGAUGAGGUCAUUCGAGCCUGCAAAGGGGCAAAUGUCAACAAUAAGUUUCGUGAGUCAUACCUGCUCCCAGCGUUUUCAGUGAAGCCUAUCCUGUCCAGUGAGACUCCUAUUCCCAGAGAGAAACUGAACCCUCCAACCCCAAGCAUUUACCUGGAGAGUAAAAGGGACGCUUUCUCUCCCGUGCUGCUGCAGUUCUGCACAGACCCUAAAAAUGCUGUGACUGUCAUCAGAGGACUGGCUGGAUCCCUCCGUCUCAACCUGGGUCUGUUCUCCACCAAAUCCCUAGUUGAGGCCAACUCCGAGCAUGCAGUGGAGGUGAGGACUCAGGUGCAGCAGCCGGCGGACGAGAACUGGAACCAUUCAGGAUCCGCUCAGACCUGGCCCUGCGAAAGUAGCAGAUCUCAUACAACCAUUGCUAAAUAUGCACAGUACCAAGCAUCCAGUUUCCAGGAGAGCUUACAGGAAGAGAAAGACAGUGAAGAUGAGGAUGAGGAAGACAAAUCGGAAAACAAAAACGUGACAAAAUCCAACUUACAAGCCAACAUUGGGUCUUCUAUCCCCACAGCCAGCUCAGAGCAGAAGACCGUUGGAAAAAUCAUCAAAUUUGGGACCAACAUUGACUUAUCUGAUCCAAAACGGUGGAAGCCGCAGCUGCAGGAGCUGUUGAAGUUGCCUGCGUUCAUGCGAGUGUCGUCCAGCACCAACAUGCUGAGUCAUGUUGGUCACACUAUACUGGGUAUGAACACAGUCCAGCUUUAUAUGAAGGUCCCUGGCAGCCGCACACCAGGACAUCAGGAAAAUAAUAACUUCUCUUCAGUGAACAUCAAUAUUGGCCCUGGAGACUGUGAGUGGUUCGCUGUUCAUGAACACUACUGGAAAGCCAUCAGUGACUUCUGUGAAAAGCAUGGCGUGGAUUAUCUGACGGGCUCAUGGUGGCCAGUUCUGGAGGACCUGUACCGUUCAAACAUCCCUGUGUACCGCUUCAUUCAGAGACCAGGUGACCUUGUGUGGAUCAACGCUGGCACUGUGCAUUGGGUCCAGGCCGUGGGGUGGUGCAACAACAUCGCCUGGAACGUGGGCCCUUUAAAUGCCUAUCAAUACCAGCUGGCUCUUGAGCGCUUUGAAUGGAACGAGAUCAAGAAAGUCAAAUCGAUCGUCCCUAUGAUCCACGUGUCCUGGAAUGUUGCCCGCACAAUCAAGGUCACAGACCCAAACACAUUCAAGAUGAUCAAACAUUGUCUCCUCCAGUCCAUCAAACACAUUCAGAUUUUGAGGGACCAGCUGGUGUCUAUAGGGAAGAAGAUCUCCUAUCAGAGCAGAGUGAAGGAUGAGCCGGCAUAUUACUGCAACGAGUGUGAUGUGGAGGUGUUUAACCUGCUGUUUGUGACCAGUGAGAACAGCAGUAGGAAGACGUAUGUGGUUCACUGUGAGGACUGCGCCCGGGAGAGGAGCCCCAAUCUGACCGGGGUGGUGGUGCUGGAGCAGUACCGCGUUGAUGAGCUGAUGAACACAUAUGAUAGCUUCAUCCUGGCUCCAGUUCCGUGCUGUAGGUGAACUUGAUGUCUGAAACUACACAGCCAUAACCAAAUCUCCCACCUUCCUGCCCCAAAUCAGCGGCACAAACAUUUCGUUCAUUUUUUUUUUUUUUUUUUUUUUUUUUACCAGUACUGCAGACUUGCAGAGCAGCCAAUCAAAUCGCUGUUUACUUCACAUUGUUUACAAUACUAUCAGCAGAUGUCUCUCCAGCUCAGUCGUCUUCCCCUCAGCCAGCUACUGACGGGACAUCUGAUAGUUCUCAUGUUCCUGAUUAUAGAAUGACCAGGGUGGUGCUUCAUCAUUGGACUCUAACAAUAACGUGUAACUUGGUUAUCAGGUCACCCAUCCAAAAUGGAUAACUGCUGUGAUUCCUUUUAUAUGAAAAAAAAAUUGUCAACUUGCCGAACAUGUGCAUUAAUUCAGGUACUGAUGUAGUUUAAUUUUUUUAUGCAAAUGGAAGACGAUUUCACCAGUCCAGUUAUUCUAUGUCUGGUUUAUCCGAGUGGUGCUUUGAUACAACGUAUAUAACAGCAUGGAAUUCAUUUCUUUUGGAGCUGAUGACCAUUGCAGUGGCAUUACAUUUUAUUUUAUUUUUCUGUUGUUUCGGUCGUGUCAUAUUUACUACAAGUCUGACCUUUGUAAAUGGUAUUUGGAUAUUUUACUGGGUGCUAUUUUUUUUAAGUUGUCAAAGGUUUUCAGAAAAAAAAAAAACUUUUUUAACAGUCUAGAUUAACACCAUUUGGGCCUUGUGAUAUGCAUUUAGACAAAAUGUGAUUUCAUGGUAUUUGAUUAUAGUAAAUAAUGACAUUUUCUUAAAGCAUUAAAAUAAGUUUUUCCAAAACAAAAUACGGGUUUAAUCUAAAGCGUAUUUGAUUGCAUUUGUCUGGAAAACCUUAUGUGUGUUAAGUGAAUCUUUUCUUGUACAACUUGAAAAAAAAAAAAAUCAUUCCUGCAAACUUGUGGCUUUUUUGAUGCAUUUCUCAAUCCGACUGAUUUUAUCCUUUUAUUUGAUUUUCUCAUAAUUGAGUUACUCUGUUUUUUUUAUUUAUUUACUUGACUUUUCCUUUUGUAUUUAUUGAUUGUUUGUGAUGCUUCAUACAUAUUUUGUAAAUCUUUCUGUUGUGCUGAUGUGGUGAGGCUUACGGGGGGACGUCUGAUUCAAAAUGGUGCUGAUCCCCCUUCCCCUCCCGGGUCUCUCUGUCUGUAUAAAUUAUCUGUAGGUUUGAAAACAUGAAUUUAAUCUCACAAGUUGGUGCUUAGAACAGAGUCAGUACACUUUUAUGAACUGAAUGUCUUUGUACUGUAUAUUUAACACAUUAAAUAUGUUUGCUUUACAUGAGGUACAGCAUAUUGUGACACGUGUAUGAUUCCAGUCAUCCUAGCUGUUAUGAUUAUAAUGAGCUUUCUGAUUCGUAUCAUUAAUGAAGAAUUUCAGAUUGUUGAGAGUUUUUCAGAUUUGCGUUCCAUCGAUACCUCUCAGAGUUGGUUUUCAGGUUCGUUGCCAUUUUUGUUUGUUUUACUGUAUAAAAAUAAAAAAAAAAUUAAGGAUCUGAGCCAGACUUGUCUAAAACAUAUUGUGAUUUUUGUGUGUUAUACCUGAUAUAAUGAUUACUAUAAAAAAAAAUAAACAUUCUGAUAAAUUCC